CACUCCUUCGAUAAAACGUUCUCCGUAUUAAAAACACAUUCUUCCGUGUUCACGGAUAUCAACGGUCAGAGGAAAGGCCACUCCGAGACGCGCGAACAAGUUAACCGGGAUGGAAAGUUAGUGUCCCGCGUGGACCAGAAGGUGGAAACCAAGCAGGAUCCAGUGGAAGGGGCGACACCGGCCACCCAAAUCCUCACCGAGGUCGAAGUACCCAGUCAGGGGAUUCACCGGACCGUGGUCAGCGAUGUCGCAAACGUGGAGCGUCGCAACAGCGCGGACAAGUACUCGUCUUAUGCUGGAGUGCAGUACUCACCGCUUGACAUGGCCGAGUACGUCUUCUGGACGGGAGACGAGAAGGGGGUCACACUGGCCAUCGAAGAGUUCCUGCAGGAGGGUCUGAUGACGCGAGAGGAAGCCAUCUCGUUCCUACAGGGUAUCAAGAAUAAUCUACAGUUCCUGCAAGAACGUUACAGCCAAUUACAGCUUAGCAGAGAGCAGCAGCAGCGAGACAAGGAACGAGCAUACAGGAUUCAGAAGGCUUUGGGUCUAGACAAAGGUAGACCUAACGAGACGAAGAUAAACUCAAUAGAAGACAUUUCUUCCGCUACAGAUCUAUUAGCGCUAGCUAAGAAGACUUCAGCUCCUGAGGAAAACAACGCGAAAGUUGCCGACAGAGCUCAGCAGGUUCUAGACGAGGACUAUGACGAGGUGCUAGAGAGACUGAGGGUCGCGGACUACCUGUACACGGAGUACUCCCUGGAGGAGGUCAUCUAUCAGCUCGCCAAGGUCAUGUUCUCACAGUCCCUGAACAGAGGAAGUGCUGAGGCACAGGAAGCCUUGCAGAAGUUCACCAGUUUCUUGGAGGCUGAGGCAGAACAAGGUCACAUCUCACGGAGCCUCGAGAAGAAAGUCCUUGAUGUGCUUAUUGCGUCGUUGAGCGACACACUUGCAGAGCAUCCACAGCUGUUGAGCGUCGCUAGGGAAGGCCUCCUUGAGGGAUCUGGCAACCAGCUGCUACAGCAGUUGCUGAUUAUGAACCCAGCAACCAAUGCCGGAGACCCUGCCUCUGAGCAGAAGUCUGCAUCUGAUAAGGGCCAGGGAUCAGACAGUCACCAAUCAACAACAUCCAAGGGCAGACAGAACGAGACUGUCGGAAAGAAUAUCAGCAGCUCCAUGGGGAAAUCAUCUAAGGCAACUUAAUGUCUACACUAAGAAACAAAUACGUAUAAAUAAAUAUAUUCUAUAGUGUAUCCAAAUUAAUCCAAAAAUAAUAUAUUCUGAAAGUAGGUAGAUCAAUGCAGCCAGUAUCAACUGUCUCAUUCAGUUUAUACUCGAAAACAUAUCCACUCUUCAUUAGUUCUGAAGUGUAAAGAUUUCAAUUCUUGAAAUAACCCUCGUUUCAUCCCUAAGUGUACUUGCGGGUGGACCAACUUUGAGAAUAUUAAUUUUGAAAUCUGUCCUAGAGCAUCGUAAGCAAAAUAAAAUCCGACUUAAAGGAUCAAUCAAUGUUUAUAAAACACACAACUGUAAGAAUUAACAAAAGCAUGAGGUCGUGUUACUUACUGUUCAUGAGUGACAAAACGCGGUACAACAAACAGGGGAGUAUAUUUCCUUAUAUAUUUUUACCAUGUACGUAACAAAAUACUUUUUCUUAAAUAUGUUUCCUUUUUGUAUAAUCAGAACUACAUCUUUGUAAUAUUUACAGCCUGACAUAAAAAUUCCACACUUCUAAAUAUCAUAUUAUUAUAUGUAAUUCAGCAAAUUCCAGACAGAAAUAAUAAUUUAAUGAUUUGGUGUAGAAGUCGUAAGAUAAAUUUAAGAAAUCAGGAGAUAAAUUACUAUGCUAUCGUUUUAAAUUAAGACUGUACAAUCCUUAAGAUCUCUGCAUUUCUAAUUUCCCCCUCUUUUUCUAUCUAUGAAGGAAAUUAAUGAUCUCUAUAAACUUCUAACAUUGCAAAAAUGCAGAGAAAUUAUAUUCAAAUGCCUCAGAUCAAAAGCCUGGAGUCUGCUAUGAAAAUUUAUAACGAGAUCUGCAAGACAGACAUAAAUACUUUCUUUCAUUAUUCGAUACUCCAGUGGCUGAAUGUAAAUAUACAUCCUUUCUGUUAUAAAAGUUAAGUAAUCACCAUGUCUACGCCUCACACCACAGAAUUAAUAUGGGCCAUAGCUGAGAUACGUAUAUGAAGAAAAAUUAUUAAAUUGUUUCAGGUGUUUUAUUUUAAUGGAAGUCUGCUUUCUGUUUAAUGAGCUUAAUCAGAAUUACCCAGUGCUUUGCUU